AUGAGACCACCCCCACCGCCCCCGACCGCCUCCGUUAAUGAAACAUCAAAAGUGCGAGCCGACGGCGGCGCCGCGCACACUAAUGGAGCCCCUCGGCCGGUCGCCAAUGGAAUUACGGGCGGGCCCCGGGCGCCAUCAAAGGCCAUCGGCUGGCGGCGGAGGGACCUAAGUGACUGGGCGAGCGCGCCGUCGCCAGCAGCAGACGCGCCGCCGGUGCUGCUGUACAGCUUCAUCGAGCAGACGCUUCAGCCGGGGCCGGCGGUGUCCCUCAAGUGCAGCGCCUCGGGGAACCCCACUCCGCAGAUCGCCUGGACGCUCGACGGCUUCCCGCUGCCCACCAACGGCAGGUUUGUGAUCGGCCAGUAUGUGACGGUGCACGGCGACGUCAUCAGUCACGUGAAUAUCAGCCAGGUGCAGGUGGAGGACGGCGGCGAGUACACAUGCACGGCAGAGAACCGCGCUGGCAAGACCUCUCAUUCCGCCAGGCUCAACGUCUAUGGUCUGCCCUAUAUUCGUCUGAUCCCAAAGGUGACGGCAGUGGCCGGUGAGACCCUGAGGCUAAAGUGCCCCGUCGCAGGAUACCCCAUCGAAGAGAUUCGCUGGGAACGAAGCGGCCGCGAGCUUCCGGACGACCUGAGACAACGCGUAACGGCGGACGGCACGCUGGAAGUGUCGCCUGUGCAAAAGGCGGACGACGCGGGCGUGUACACGUGCUGGGCGCGCAACAAGCAGGGCCACGUGGCCAGGCGCUCGGGGGAGGUCGCUGUCAUAGUUCCUCCCAAACUUAGCCCAUUUACCUCUGACAGAACGCAGCACGUGGGCGAGCGGGCCAGCCUGACGUGCUCUGUGACGCGCGGAGACCUGCCGUUGACCAUCAGCUGGUUCAAGGACGGCCGCUCGGCGGACUCCAUGCCGCGGGUCUCCGUGACCCGCGUCGAUCAGUUCAAUAGUAUUCUCUUGAUCGAAAGUUUGUCUCCAGAUCACAACGGCAACUAUUCUUGUGUGGCGCGCAACCAGGCGGCCGAGGUAUCUCACACGCAGCAGCUCAUGGUCAAUGUUCCUCCUAUAAUUGAGCCUUUUUCCUUCCAAGACGGGCUUUCCGAGGGCAUGCGUACCCGCACAGUGUGUGGCGUGAGCCGGGGGGACUCCCCGCUCUCCAUCACGUGGCUCAAAGAUGGCGGCACGCUCUCCUCUCAGCUGGGAGUGAACGUGUCAGCCCUUGAUCUUUAUUCUAGCCUCCUCAGCAUUUCUAGCCUCUCUUCCACACACUCUGGCGAUUACACGUGCGUAGCCUCCAACCCGGCAGCCGAGGUUAGGUACACGGCCAAGCUACAGGUCAAAGUGCCACCUCGCUGGACUGUGGAGCCCUCGGACGCCAGCGUGGAGCGCAACCGCCACGUGACGCUGCACUGCCAGGCCCAAGGGGUGCCGCAACCCACCGUCAUCUGGAAGAAAGCAACAGGCAGUAAGUCGGGAGAAUACGAAGAGAUACGGGAGAAGCCUUACGUCAAACUGUUAAACAACGGCUCUCUGCUGCUGCAGAACGUGAAGGAGGACAAGGAGGGCUUCUACUUGUGCCAGGCCACCAACGGCAUUGGCACGGGCAUCGGAAAAGUCAUACAAGUCAAAGUCAACUCUUCGCCAUAUUUUUCGGCGCCAGCUAGUGUGGUGACGGUGAAAAAGGGGGACACGGCUGUUCUGCAGUGCAACGUCAACGGAGAUAAACCCAUCAACGUGGCGUGGCUGCGUGGCGGCAAGCUCAAGCUUACCCCUGCGACCAACUACAGGGUAUCAGUGAAACAAGACCCAACUCCUGAUGGGGUGACAGCAGAACUACAAAUAGCAGCAGCUGAAGCUAGUGACAGCGGAGCAUACUUUUGUCAAGCCAGCAACCAAUACGGCAGUGACAAGCAGCUGGUACAGCUUCUUGUGCAAGAGCCACCUCGCAGCCCAAGCAAUCUCGAGUCGGUGAUGAUCAGCAGCCGAUCAGUGAGUAUCAAGUGGCAACAUCAGACGUCAGAUGCUGCUGAGGUGACGAAGUAUAUAGUCCAAUACAAGGAAGGUGAAGGAAUUUGGCAACAGCUGGAGAAGACUGAAUCACCCUUGCAACUGUCGGCAACAAUUGAAGACCUGAAGCCAGCCACCCGUUACACAUUCCGUGUGCUGGCAGAGGGUCCGGCAGGGCAGAGUGUGCCUAGCGCAGAGCUGUCCGUGCGUACGGAACCCCAGAGACCAGCGGGCCCACCUCUGAAUGUGUCCCUGAGGCCAGUGUCCUCCACAGAAUUGCUUGUCACGUGGGCACCCCCACUGGCCGAAUUGCAGCAUGGUGACAUUCAGGGCUACAAUGUUGGAUAUCGUGAAACUAGCUCUGGCACAGGGAAUUAUAACUUCAGUUCUGUGGUUGGUGAUGGAGAGGAAGGAGGUGGUGAACUGCUGCUAGGGGGCCUUAGCAAAUUCACUCGCUACUCUGUAGUUGUUCAAGCUUUCAACCAAGUUGGUUCAGGACCCCUUUCUGAGCCUGUCACAGCACAGACUAUGGAGGAUGUUCCAAGUAUGCCACCUGAGGAUGUGCGCUGUGUUGGUUUGUCUUCCCAUUCUGUACAAGUCAGCUGGCAGCCACCACCCACAUCACACAGCAAUGGUGUUCUGCAAGGCUACAAGCUGCACUAUGAACCUCUUCUUGAUGAUCUUUGGCAUGCCUCUGACACAAUGGAGACAAAGAAAACAACAGCUCUCACUGCAGUUCUUACUGGUCUAAGAAAAUUCACAAAUUAUAGUGUUCAGGUGCUUGCGUACACAAGAGUUGGUGAUGGAGUGAUUACACAUCCUAUUUACUGCAGUACAGAAGAGGAUGCUCCAGGUGCACCUGCUGACAUUAAAGUUGUAGUAAAGUCACCACAAUCCUUGUUGGUAUCAUGGUUACCUCCAACAGAGCCUAAUGGCAUCAUAACACAUUACAAUCUCUAUACGAGAGUUGUGGAUGGCCGUGAAGAAUUGAAACAUAACAAACGUAACUUGGCAAGUCAUCAGACAAGUUUUGAAGCAACUGAUCUGCUGCAGCAUGUGGAACAUCAGUUUUAUGUCACAGCUUCUACAAAAGUUGGUGAAGGGCAGAGUUCACGUGUUGUGACACAGGUUCCUACAAAUAGAGUCCCAGCACGUAUUUCCUCAUUUGGUGGAGUUGUUGUGAGACCAUGGCGUAGCACUGUCACGAUGCCAUGUCUGUGUGUGGGGCAACCGCAGCCUCGCCGACGGUGGUAUCGUAGUGGACAUCUCCUCACAGGUGGCCCUGGAAUCACACUUCGGGAGUCUGGAGAGCUAGUAAUCAACCAACUUGCUCCAUCUCAUGCUGGGAACUACAGCUGCCAGGUGGAAAAUACUCAGGGCUCUGACCGCAUACAAUUCACUCUCGUAGUGCAAGUUCCACCUGCUGCUCCUGUGUUGUAUGUGACAAGUACAACAAGUAGCAGUAUACUGUUGCAGUGGAAAGUUGGUGACACUGGUGGUGCCCCCAUCACAGGAUUCAGUUUGAGCUAUAGGAGAUCUCAUGGUGAUACAGAGGAAGUAUCACUACCUCGUCAUACCUCAACUUACGAGCUCAAGGGACUGCUGUGUGGUAGCACUUACCACUUAUCACUGACAGCUCAUAAUCACAUUGACAGCUCUCCUAGCAGCCCAACAUUAUCUGUCCGCACACAAGGGCAGGCGCCAGGUGUACCACACCAGGCAAUGCUGAUAACACCCAACUCCACAUCUGUGUUGUUGCGGCUACAUGUCUGGCCUGAUAAUGGCUGUCCACUGACAUAUUUUGUACUGCAGUAUCGGCCGAAUGGGGCGCAACACUGGACACUUGUGUCAAAUGCCUUGAAGCCUCAACGCAGAUUCACUGUUUCUGGCCUAAAUCCAGCUUCUAUAUAUCAGCUAAAGAUAGAAGCACAUAACAUAGCAGGAUCUUCAACUGCUGAAUACACAUUUGCUACUCUUACAAAGGAUGGUGAAUUGCCACCAUUGGAGUUAAUGAAUGGAGGAAGUCCAUCAUCCCCUUUUUAUGCAGACAUUAGAAUAAUAAUUCCACUUGUUGUGGCCUUUGUGGCAGUAGUGGGAGCUGGCGCUGCUGCUGCCCUUUGCUGGAGAAACAAGCAAAACCGGCCACUGAAAGAGACCUUGGACAAUCAGCAGAAUGCCGAAGCUCAGAGGGAAAGAUAUUAUGCCACAAUCCACAAGGUAGCUUUGCAAGCUAGUGGUGAUAAAAUACCAGAAACGUCAGAGGACAUAUCACCAUACGCAACAUUCCAGCUAUCAGGUCCUGGUGUAGACCCAAACAACACUCUUCUGCACAGUUUUAUGUAUCACGAACAAGCUAUGACUGAAGGGUGUGCAUCACCACCACCACAUGCAGUCUUAUUACAUUCGGCGCCACAUUGGUACUGUGUAUUAUUUCAGGUAAUAAAAACUGCAACAAGGAGAAGAGGAAGUAGGAAAACUGAGGUGGAUUCUGAUGAAUCAGAUUCAGACCCUGAUCAAUUGACAUCUAGUCGAACAGAGUCUUCCAAUCAGCUUGAUGCAGCAAAGAUAAAACACAAUUUCAUAUACCAUGGUGCACAUUCUAGUACAUCUUCUGAUAUAUCUCCCAUGUCAGAACAAAAAUCACUGCCAAGGAGAGGGAGAGCGAGAUGGCUUGCCCCCAGCAAAGCAUCGCUCAGGACGCUGCUGCCGCCACUAUCAGUUGCUGAGGCAUCUUUUACUGUGAGGGAUCCGAGGGAGAGGGAGACUCCGGACCGGCCUGAACUCAGUGAAGCAGAGUGCGAUAUUGACACACUGAAGAAACUCAAACUGGGCCUGCGGUCUUCCCUGUGGUCUCGUCCCAGUGGUAGUGCAACAACCACUCAUCACAACCAGUCUGAUUACUCGAUUGCUGUAUAACAGCGAAUGGAAAUGAGAGAACAUUUUAUAUUCUGUGUUGUACAUAUGCAUAUGAACACCAUGACAUGUAAUAUAUUUUCAUGUUUUGAAAGAUUUGGGUACUUGUUAUCCAGUAUUAUUGUUAGAAAAUAUUUCUGGUUAAUGACUGAUAUAAUUUUAUACUCUUGUAAUGUUAACUGGUGCAAUUUUAUAUUUACACAUGGAAAUGUAUAAGAUUUAUGUGAGAACUGAACUGUCUUUGGCUCAGUAAGCGUGUGGCAUGGUUUGAGUUCAAAACCCUUUUUACAUUAUGUAGCAUUAUAUAUUUUUGUUGUGGUUAGCAGCUCACAGCAAACCCGCAGAUUGUUCUCUCAGAGAGAAUGACAGUUUGUAACUGAACUGUAUGGAAUUACUAGGUUUAUACCUGAAUCUCCUCCCCCACUCCCAAUCCCCCCCCCACCAAAAAAAAAAAAAACAUGACUUUUUAAAAGACUGACUCGCUAUGUAUAGUACAUAUUUGAAAAUGUGAAGGUAUGCUACUGACUCUACAGUUCAAAUUCUUUAUUGCAGAAAAUUACAACAGACUUUUAUUCAAAAUUUUAAUCAUGGGUGUCAUAAGGGUUGUAGUAAAGGUUUGAAUCUUUCCAGAAUAUGCGUUGUAGAUUCCCCUCACCUUAAACAUGCAACCCCACCACCAAAAAAAUAAAGCCGUAUUUAUAUAUAUAUAUUUGUAACAAAUGGUGCUCAAUAUCUUUGUGGUUAUUUGAGACUUAUACUGGAUCAUCUGUUCAAAAUUUGGUAUGACAUGUUUGUUUCAAAUUUUCCUGGGUGUAUGGUAGAACAUAAAUUCGCUUCUUCACCUUCUUGAUCACAACUAUUGCCCUAGAAUAUAUAUGCAAAAAUGGUAUUGUAUGUGUGUGUGUGUGUGAGUGUGAGAGAGAGAGAGAGAGAGAGAGUGAGAGGUAUGUUGACAGGAGAAAUAGGGGGAGGAGGACUUCACGUCUAAAUUACCAACAGAAAGACAGACAGGAGACCACAAAACCUUGCAUUUGGAAGACAGUACAGGGGUCUCUUACUAGCCUGCCCACAUUAAGGCACUAUCAUCAUCAAGUCAUACUUUACCUAAGCCAAAAAGUAUUUUUUGUACACUCUGGUUGUUUUAUUUUCACACUACAAAAUAUUAGAAACAGACAGUCUGGAUAAUAAACUGUAUAUCAACAGCAUGCUAAUUUUAUUAAGUGUAUGACUAUUGGUCACUUUUUCCAUACCAUCAUAAGAGUCAUUGUGAAUAAGUUCUCAAAGAGUUAAAAUAUUAAGCUGAUGUGCCUAUAAAAAUUGUAAACAGGUGUAAAAAGUGAUGAGGGGCAGCUUCUGUUGACAAAAUAAAAAGCAAAUGUUAAAUUCUUCACCCUGCAGCAUAAAUACAAAAUAGCUCCACUAGCCAAUACAUCAUACUAUCAAGUAUUUAUAAGUCACCUCACAUACUAACAAAUGUAAAAUGAUUUUUUUAUAUAUAUAAUUUACUGUCCGAAGAGUGAUGUGCUUGCUUAUUACUGCCAAAGAAAUCUUUCAAAUAUUACUAUGUAAUAAAUUGUGCCACAUGGAAAUUCUCAUCCUGUAAAAGCCAAUCAUUUUCAUGUAAAUAUUGUGAUACUGAGGAGGCAAAUAAUUUUAUUAAUGUAUCAUUCAAAAUUGAGGCAAGCCGUUUGAUAUUUACCAGUCUAAAGAUCACAGUUUUCUACAAAUUUUCUUGCUCAUGUUCUUAAAACUAAUGUGUAACAAAAGUCCAGGUCUGAUGUACUACAAAUUGAGGACCAACAGGGUGUCCAAAUCUUAGUACUCCACAUAAAACUAUACAGUAUUCCUGUGACCCAUGUGUUUUAUCCAGUUAAAAUCUAUUAUACAGUCACUUGUA